AUGAACCAUUCGUACUACAAUGCCUCUAUCAAAAUCAAACGCGAAAAUGGUUGCGAAUUAAAUGGACGUUGUUUGAAGCCAAAUGAGCAAGUUCAGAGUGGAUGUGCAGCCUACAAGUGUGAUCCUAGUGGUUAUCUUAUGGUUAUCGACAUGCUAGGUUGUGUUUACGAUGGGGAAUGUAAAGCAAUUAAUUCGACUUGGUUUGACCCCAAGACAUGUACUACUUACACGUGUGUAUACGACAGUGAUGUCCACGACAUAUCAAUAGUAGAAAAAACAGGCUGUAAAGGUGACAAUGGUAGAUGCUUUACAACCGGAGAGGGUACAGUGGAGGGCUGUAACAAAUACCUCUGCAGCGAGACGUCGAACUUCAAACCAACCCAGAUCAGAUGCGAGUUUCAAGGUGAAUGCAAGGAAAUUGACAGCACCUGGACAGAGGGAUGCAUUACAUAUACGUGUAAAUUGAUAGCAAGAGGACCUGACUAUGUCCAGACCAAAGUAAUCGAGUCACACGGUUGUGUCGGUGAAAACGGUCACUGUUACAAAGUUGGAGACGACAUAAUCCAGAGAGGCUGUUCCAGAUCCACGUGUAAACCAGGGGGCAUUGUGCAAGAAACAGAGUUUGGUUGUAUCGGACCUAACGACCAGUGUAUGGAUCCUGGGUCAAAGAUAGUGUUAGAAUGUGUAACUUACGUGUGUGAUGGAGAGGCUAAAAGUUUGGUUCCUAUCGGUAAAGGUUGCAUCUGGAACGGAGAGUGUAAACCAGUUGACACUAAGUGGUUUGACAAGGAGACAUGUCGAGGGUAUACGUGUGCUAUGGACAUAGCAGACAAUGAUGUCAAAAUAAUUGAAAGAACGAUUGGUUGCACUGUCGAUGGAAAGUGCAAGCGCUCUAGAACCUCUCAUAUGAAGGACUGUGUGCAGUAUCGGUGUACCACCAGGGGUGAGCUGAUUCCCAAGAAGAUCUCGUGUGAGUGGGAUGGAGAGUGUAAAGAUGUUGGUAGCACGUGGACAAAGAACUGCAUUCAUUAUAAAUGUGUUAUUACACAGGAGGGACCAGAUUACGUCCAAACGGAAGUCAUACAGCGAAGAGGUUGCAUCGAUUCGUAUGGAAGGUGCCACAGUGUAAUGGACGAAGUGUCGUUUGGUUGUAAUAAAUACCGAUGUGAAAUGGGAGGAUCUAUGGUGCUCAUUGCCUCGGGUUGUAUGGAUAGAUAUGGUAGAUGUAUGAAACCUGGAGAGCUAGUAGAGGAACUUGAUGGAUCAACUCAUAAAUGUGUCUGUGAUGGGUCCUCGUGUGUUGUCGUUACUGAAGUGAAGGGAUGCAAAUUGAACGGAACUCUUUACCCCUUCGGCCACACAAUGAAAGAAGGAUGUACUGUGUACGAAUGUCAGAAAUACGAUAGAUGUGGCAUGUAUGUGCCUAUACAAUGGGGUUGUUACUGGGUGGACAGAUGUUACAGUCCUGGGGAUAAGUGGAAGUCAGAAAAAGGCUGCUCCAUCUACACCUGCACAAUGAACCAGAAACCCAACGGAGAUGUAGACAUGAUAGUGUCCAGAGAUAUAGGUUGUCCACAUGACGAUGAGUGUAAACUGAACGGCGAAGUUUGGAGAGACGGAUGUUUUGAGAAAAAAUGCAAAGUUAGAAACACCAAAGACGGUUCAAGAGAAUCCUCCAUUAAGAUCAUCAGUGGUGCCUGUCAGGAGGGGUUAGGUGAUGGUAUGAUUUGUCACAGCGUUGGCUCCAUAUGGGAGGAACAGCACUACGACGGCUGCUUCAAGAAACAGUGCUCUAAGGACCAGGUGCAGGAGAACAAAUACAUCACCACCAUCAUAGGCUCAGCAUGUCGGGAUGCCUAUGGCGCUUGUCGGCCAGUGGGAUCCACCGGUUUUUCUGCCUAUGUUAACGGUCAGCUUAAUGAUGACUGCAAGUGUUCAGCCGUGGAUGGAGAUGUUAAGACAGUCAAAUACGAAUGUGGUGGUCCAGAACCAAUCAUGUGUCAACAAGAUUGUUGAAUGUUUGUUUUGUGAUUUCAAAUAAAAAUAAUAAGUUUUGU